AUGGCGUCUUUACUAAGCACAGCACUCUUUAUCGGUUUGUUGAUCAUCUUGUCGCAUCUCUGGCGGCUGGGGCAAAAUAUCAUCAGAGCCAGGCGGCUCAAGUUACCGUACAUAACAGUGUCCGUCGACCAGAGCAGCCUGCUAUGGAUGGUGUCCAUGAUGCCGCUCAGGCCAGUGGUGGAGGGGUUCCUACCAUCAUCCGUAUAUCGACGCCUAAAGCUGACCACGUUCGACUGGGAGUGGCACGAAAAGCGGCAGCCGUUCCUUGAUUAUGCUGGCGCUGGGAAGACUUUUGUCAUUGCCGGUUGCGGUAGCCUUUUUGAGGUCUGGACAGUCGACCCAGAAAUCGCGGCGGAUGUGCUUUCCAGGGCGAACGAGUUCCACCUCUCUCAGCUCGGUACCUCACUCCUGGGCGCCAUGGGUCCUAAUGUGUUAAGCACCAAUGGGAAAGCCUGGUCUGCGCAGCGCAGGUUAUUACAACAGGUUGUAAACGAGCGUAUUUCAAAAAUGGCAUUUGAAGAGUCCCUAGCCCAGACCAGGGGGAUGUUGGAUGAGGUUGCUGAGGGUGGCAAACAGCACUACUUUGAAGCCGAAGGACUUUUGGGCAUUGCAAACAAAUUUGCUAUCAAUGUUCUAAGCGCUACCGUCAUGGGAAUCAACUCGCCUUGGGCCGACGGCGCCGCCAACCAGCCACCGCCACCGGGCUUCCAGACGACUUUCAUGGGCUCCGUCGGCAUUUUGUUGUCUGGGAUCCCUGGCACCUUCGUCCUUCCCCGCACUCUGCUUCUUAGCUGGCCGCGCUGGGCCCCCGGGUAUGAAUGGAUGCGGCGAAUGGGCACGGCCAAGACCGAGUUCCCGCAGCACGUCGCACGUCUCUUGAAGGCCGAGAGGGAUGGCAUGCAGCUCCACGGCGGCGACGAUGUGGCCGAGGCCGGCAAGAGAUCCAACAUCCUUUCUCAGCUCUUGCGAGCUUCCGAGCUUGGAAACACCAAAGAGAGCGGGCCUGACCGGGACGCGGAUCAAAAACAGCCUCUACUCUCGGAGCUCUCCCUUACCAGCAACCUUUUGGUCAUCACCGGCGCAGGAUAUGAUACGUCGGCCAAUUCCAUCUCGUACGUCCUCCUGCUAUUAGCGCGGUACCCUGAAUGGCAGGACUGGCUUUUCGAGGAGAUUGUGAAAAUUGCGCCCAAAAUUGAGGAACAUCACAACGAGUGCGACUACGACUACGCGGCCGUAUAUCCCCGAGCGAUCCGGGUACAAGCAUUUCUCCAUGAGACUUUGAGGCUUUUCACCCCCUUGCCCCGGAUCCAUCGGGAUUCGCAGUCGGCACAGACAGUUCGAAGCUCUAAUGGACCGCUUACACUGCCAGCUGGGACGCGUGUACACAUCGACCUGGUGGCCUUGCACCUCGACCCCGGCGUUUGGAGGAAUAUUCACCGUGGUUCCGAUCCGCCGUUUGUAGCCGCGGUAGGCAGUAAAUACGGUACCCCCUGUGAGGAGGACGAGCUGGCAUUUAGACCUUCGAGGUGGCUGAACGCAGAUGGGACCUUGUUCAGACCGCCACGGGGGUCGUACUUGGCGUGGGGUGGAGGUGGGCGCAUAUGCCCUGGACAAAAAAUGUCACAGGUAGAGAUUGCUGCCUUUAUGAUAAUGCUGCUGCGGAAAUGUGAGGUUAAGCCUCAGCCGCUGCCGGAGGAAACCGAAGCGGAGGUCCACUCUAGAUUGGAUGCAGCCAUGCAGGAUAGCGAGUGGAAUCCGACCUUGCAUAUGCGGAAGGCUGCGGGGGUGUCUCUUGUGGAGAGAUUGUAA